UAUUAAGAGGAUAUCCGGACGAUAACAAGCACGUUUCUGGUAUCUCCACAAUUCAGUCUCUCUCUCACUAUGCCAGCAAACCGCAUAAAUACUGUUUGUAAACAACGAUACUAUGAAAUCCUAUAAAUGGAAAAAUACUGCACCAUUACAAUACUUGUUUGGCUGGGAUUACCUUUAUUCUGUCGGAGUUUGAUAUUCCUGGAAAGCGAUGAAUCUCUGAAUAUCGAUAGCAACGACAGAAUUUCUGCAAUUCUGCAAAACCGUGACUAUCCUUCACCAUCUUAUAUCAGUACCGGUGAUUAUGACUCGAUCAAGACUAGGUCUCUAAAUACUGAAGAAAAGUAUAGCGGUAAAGAAGAUGAAAUAAUUUUGACGGGUUUUGGACAUAAUAAUGAUUAUCAUGACUAUCCUCUAUCAUCUCAGAUCAGUACCAAUAGUCAUGAAUUGAUCAAAAGGAGGUCUCUAAAUACUGAGGAAAAUUCCGACGGUAAAGAAAGCGAAACAAUUUCGUCGGAUUUUGAAGAUAAUAAUGACUAUCAUGACUAUCCUUCAUCAUCUCAUAUCAGCGCCAAUAGUCAUGAAUCUCUAAAUACUAACGAAAAAUCCAGCGGUAAGGAUGAUGAAAUGAUUUUGCCGGGGUUUGAGAACAACAAUGACUAUCAUGAUUAUCCUUUAGAAAAUCUAAUCGCUGGUGAUGGUCAUGAAAUGGUGGAAAGUGACCCGGUGGUGGAAGAUAUUCCUGAAGAUAUUGAGUUGGUAUAUCAAAUGAAUAAAAAGAGGCAUGUUCCUGAUCGUGGGUUUACAGAAGAAACAAGAAAAAUGAUGUUGGAUCUUCAUAAUGUGUACCGGGGAAAUGUGACACCACCGGCUGGUAAUAUGAAUUUCUUGGUUUGGGAUGAAAGUUUAGAGGAACUCGCUCAGUUGUGGGCAGAUAAUUGCGUCUUCGCUCACGGUAGACCUCCAAACACGAGCUACUAUUUCGACGGAAAAGUAAAACCUUACGGACAGAAUCUGUAUCUGGGCACCGAUCCUUCAGGCUACAAAGGGCUCUGGAUGUGGUACGAAGAAUAUAUGCAUUACGAAUUAAGAAACCAAACGUGCAAGCCCAACGAGCAAUGUGGACAUUAUGUGCAGAUGGCCUGGGCUGAGAGUAAGCGCCUCGGUUGUGGAAUCAAAUUAUGUGGAAUGAGAUACCUCAUUGUGUGUCAUUAUUAUCCAGGAGCACUCAAAGAUGUUCAGAUGUACCAUGUUGGAAGACCUUGUUCGCUGUGUGAUGAAGAGGAAGGGGCUUUAUGCAAAAACAAACUUUGUGUGUCUCACGAGCUAUGCAAAGAAAAUCCUAAAUUUUGUGAAUCCGCAACCUGCAAUCUAAAAUGCCAAAACUGUGGCCGAUUGAAUAAGACUUCUUGCCAUUGCACAUGCGCAGAUGGAUGGGACUCGCCUGAUUGUUCAAAACCUUGUGCAGAUAAUCACGAGAGAUGUGGUAGGAAACCUGGUUUCCCUCACAAAGCUUCCUGCUCCAUUCAAAAUUACGCGGUUGCUAAAAAAUACUGCCGAAAAAUGUGCGACACUUGUGUUUCUGUAACAAAUGACACAACGGUUAAUCAUCUUUGCUGUGAUGGUAGCCUAUGCCAAAAAGGUUACGUCUUAGACCUGGAGAGGAAACCAUGCAGAUGCACUUUACUUUGUCCAGGACCGCUUUGUGAUUACAUGGAUGAUAGCUCAUCUGUACUGAAUUAUAGCCUCACUUUUCUGAUUUCACAGAUUCUGGUGAUUUACUUCAUAAACCAUACAAGGCAUUCACUUUGACAAAGAAGAAAUGGAUAAAAAUUGUAUUAUAAUGAAAUGCAAAUGAAUCUUCCAUUCGAAUCUGUACAGUUUCGAAUAAAAGUUUCACCAACUUA